UAUAACUACGCAGAGGUGUUGGAGAAGUCGAUAUUAUUCUAUGAAGCCCAAAGAUCUGGUAAACUACCAGCUAAUAACAGAAUACCAUGGAGAGGAGAUUCGGCUUUAAGUGAUAAAGGAUCAAAUGGUGAAGAUUUAACUGGUGGGUGGUAUGAUGCUGGGGACAAUGUAAAGUUUAAUUUUCCUAUGGCUUGGAGUACGACUGUAUUGACAUGGGGAUUGAUUCAAUGGAAAGAUGCUUAUGAGAAAACUGGUCAAUUAAAUCAUAUGUAUGAUUCUAUUAAAUGGCCAUUGGACUAUCUUUUAAAAUGUCACACAAAAUCGAAUGAACUUUAUGUACAGGUUGGUGACGGCCAUACUGACCAUGCUUCAUGGACGAGCCCUGAACGUAUGUCAGGUAACAGACCGGCAUUUAAAAUAGAUACAUCGCACGGUGGAGCUGAUGUAGCCAUGGAAACAGCUGCAGCAUUAGCUGCUGGAUCUAUUGCUUUUAAAACAAAGGACAGUGCUUAUUCCCAUAAACUAUUGACACAAGGCAAGUCAGUGUAUCAGUUUGCUAAGAAGAGUAAUGAUAAAUACAGUGUCAGUGUUCAUGCUGCUGCAGCUUAUUACAAAUCCAGUAACGUUACAGAUGAAUUGACCUGGGGAGCUUUAUGGCUGUACAAAGCUACCGGUGACAAAUCGUAUUUGGCUGAAGCUGAGAAACAUCACGAAUCUGGUGCAGCUUGGGGUUUUUCUUGGGAUGAAAAAACUGCUGGGAACAAUAUGUUGUUUUAUGAGAUUACAAAGAAGGAUACAUAUAAAAAAGAUCUCAUUGAUACUUUCAAUGCAUGGUUGCCUGGUGGAAAAUUGAAAUAUACUCCUAAAUGCCUAGCAUUCAGAUUGGAAUGGGGUGCAUUAAGAUAUGCAGCUAAUACUGCUUUGAUUGCACUGAUGGCAGCUGACCAUGGCAUAAAUUCUGACUUGUAUAGAAAAUGGGCUUUAAGUCAAAUCAACUAUGCUUUGGGUGACGCUGGUAGAAGCUAUGUUGUUGGGUUUGGCAAAAAUCCACCUGAAAAACCACACCACAGAGCGAGUUCCUGUCCCUUGACUCCAGCACCAUGUGGUUGGACAGCACAACGAAAUCCAGGGCCCAAUCCACAUACUCUUUACGGUGCCCUAGUUGGGGGUCCUGGUAAGAAUGAUGAUUAUGCUGAUGACAGAAAGGAUUAUACAAAGAAUGAGGUUGCCUGUGAUUACAAUGCUGGAUUCCAAUCCGCUGUGGCAGGUGAGGUCCAAACGCAUUUUUUUUUAUAUUUUGACUCCUGA